AGUGAACUUUUUUCUUUGAAUCAUGUACAGUGAAUCAUGUAAACGGAAAAAAGUAUGAUAAAAGCAGUUUGGUUAUAGAGUCUAACAUUAUCGGAACACAGAUAACACUUAACGAAAAUUGAAUUUGGAAUAUGAAAGCUAUUAAAACCUUAAUGUGCAAAAGUUCGGUGUUGUAAUUAACGGCCAUAAAAUUUUGAUAAAUACCGAAAAAAAAUAUAUUAUAAGCCAAGUGAAUUGAUGGUUAAUUCCAUUUAUUUCGAUAUUGUUUCGGUGGAAAGUUUAUCCGGUCUGCUCGGUUACUCUCAUGAAAAUAAGUUGAACUUGAACUGAGACUUCAACUUAUUGAUUUUCUCGUAAGGUAACGGACGGAGAAUUGAGUUACGUUUCGUUGCUGCCAUAACAACCGGAGUUACAAAUAGAUGAAAAAAACAUCAUAAAAACAAAAACAAUUCAUAGUUUCUUCAUUCAUUCGUAAAAAUGGCAGAGAGCAAACCGUUUCCGUCGAGUAAUUGUACCACGACCAGUCCCUAUUUCCACGGCGAAAAUCAAAUGAAUGCCGAAGUCACGUAUGAAUUGAUGACAGAAGCAGCUAACUUUUUAUUGAACAAAACAAAGUAUCGCCCAAAAAUCGGAAUCGUUUGCGGCUCAGGACUAAGUGCGUUUGGAGACUGUGUUGAAAAUGCUGAAAUUAUUCCAUACGAAGACAUUCCGCAUUUUCCCACAUCAACAGUUCCUGGUCAUCGUGGUCAAAUGAUAUUCGGUAAAGUAAACGGAGUGACAGUGAUGUGUAUGCAGGGCCGUUUCCAUUAUUAUGAGGGAUAUUCACUGGCCAAAGUUUGUAUGCCAAUUCGUGUGAUGAAUUUAGUUGGUGUUACCCAUUUGGUAGCUACGAAUGCAGCUGGCAGCUUAAAUGAUAACUAUAACGUUGGAGAUAUUGUGUUGCUGAAAGAUCAUAUAAAUUUUUUGGGUUUAUCAGGCAUAAGUCCUUUGCGUGGAAGCAACGAAUCGCGAUUCGGGCCGCGAUUUCUGCCAGCAAAUAAUUCUUACGAUAAAGUACUGAAAACGUUUGCUUUAGAUAUCGUCGAUGAAAUGAACAUCAGAAAAUGUGUGCACGAAGGCGUUUAUGUCUGUGUUGGAGGUCCAACGUAUGAAAGUAUUGCUGAAGUUAGAAUGUUAAGGGCGUUUGGUGGCGACUGCGUUGGAAUGUCAACUGUGCAUGAAGUAAUUGCGGCGCGACACUGUGGCAUGAAAGUGGUUGCUCUCAGUUUCAUUACAAAUAAGUGCAUCACACAGUAUGAAAACCAAAAUGAACCGAACCACGAGGAGGUUCUCAAAGCAGCGAACCAACACAAAGGCAAACUAACACAGAUUAUAUCGCAAUUGGUAUUCCGUAUCAAUGCUGAUGUUAACAGAAAUUGAUAAAAUAUUUAAAAGUAAACUAUUUUUGCACUGUUUUUGCUUCUAUUUUUAUACACAAAUAUAUUCAAUGU